UCCACCAUCACACACACAUUCAAACACGUUCACUCUCACUACACGACAGCUGACAACACCUUUUCAUUUUCUCUGCAGCACCACAGACUUACACAGCCAGAUCCCAAAGAUAGUGAAAAAACAGACUUGAUUUGUACUGCACACAUACACACACACACACACACCAGCUCUGAGGAGGCUGGGUCGAGGCUGGAGACGGUGACUGGAGAAUGGAAUGGAACCUCAGAAGGAUGGAAAGUGAACUGAGGCACAUCAACCCAGACCUGCUGCAGCCCAGCAAGAGCUUCAAGAAGCCCUCCUCAGGCACCAUCACCCUCAACGUAGGGGGGUUCCUGUACACUGCCCACCGGACCACCCUUGCCAAGCACCAGGGGUCCUUUCUAGAAGAGUUGGCCAACGGUAAGAAGCCGGUUCAGCACACUGACUCCAUGGGCAACCCGUUCAUUGAUAGAGAUGGUCCAGUUUUUCGCCAUGUGCUCAACUACCUGCGAACCGGAGAGCUCCAGCUGCCUGACGACUUCCGGGAGGCAGGGCUCCUGCGACGGGAGGCCAAUUUUUACCAUCUGAGUGAACUGGUGGAGGCCGUGGUCGACUGGGAAAGUCAGAGGGCUGCCCAGCGAGAACCCGCCUUUUUGGAGGUGACGGAUAGCCACGAGAGGUCGCAGGGCCUCAAGGUGUACUGCAGUGACCCCGCCUUCAUCGACAAGGUCAAAGCACGGCUGGUGCAGAUCUCCAAGAGCCGUCUGGAUGGCUUUCCGGAAGAAUUUGUGGUGUCAUCCAAUGUGAUCCAGUUCCGGCACUUCAUCAAGUCGGAGCCUGGCUCGCGGCUCGUUCUGAAGGAGGACAGCACAUUCUUGUGCACGCUUGACUGUCUGAAACUAGAGACAGUGAUGCUAGCACUGAGAUCAGGCUUCAAGCUGGUCACCAGCCUCGACAGCAGCAAAGGCUCCGUGGUGGCAGCUGAGGCCCUGCACUUUGUCAAGUAGGAUGGAGGCAAACAGAGAGAGGAGGAGGAGAAGGGGAGGCAAAAGAGAGAAAAGAGUAGUGCCUGAUUCCAUAUCCACCCUGCUAAUGUAAGGUAUUGGCUUGAAGAUCUUGUUACACGUAGUGUGUCAUGGGUGGGAGAAGGAGAACAGGUGGGUUAGAUUGUCUCACAGGGUGGUGUUUAUAUCUUUACUGCACAACGUUGGCUCACAAACACAGGAUUUGUUAAGUUUUGGGUGAUCUUUCUGAACAGAGUGGCAUGUUGUGAUCAACCUUUGCACUGCUUUGUAAGCUAGUAUUUAUAGAAAUUCAGAAUAAUCCAGAUCAACUUAGCAUUCAUGAUAUCUAAAUUGGAUGUGGUGAGUUAUCACAGCAAAGUACCACUCUAGUAAUUUGGAAGACAAGCCAGCGAAUCAGUGAAUCCUUCCAUAGAGAAGACGAGGGGAUCAAACUGAACAUCAACAGCUUUAUCAGUGGAUUUGUCUCUGCACAAAAACUGCUUCUGCUGCUUUGUCAACGGCUGCAAAAGCCUUCAAAACCAGACGUGAUGUGCACUGUUGUGCCACUCAGCUUUUACUACAGUCUGCGCGUGCGUGUGUGUGUGUGUGUGCGUGUGUGUUGCUAUACACUGUGUGUGCUGUGUUUAGUUGGUUUAAUAGCUUGUGUUUAGUUUAUUAGCCUCUCUGGAGCCUGAAGGGAAAACCACAGUGCACUGAGGUUGUUUCUGGAAGGACCAACAAAUUUCACAUCCAAAUCAGACUGAAGCAACAUAAACAGUUUCUCACAUCAUGUCAGCAAGUUGAGUUCAAGUGCAAAGAACCGUGAUUAUUGUAAGGGCUUUGAAUCUAGCAUGAUGCAUGUGCACUAAAUAAACUGUGUGUUUCUUAGUGCUGUGAGCCUCUGUGAAGCCAGUGCCACAACA